AUGGCAGGUGAAAAGUUCCAUUGGACCAUAGCGGCGACCAAAAUGCUAAUUGCACAAUACGAAUCGCACGAAAUGUUGUACAAUGCAAAACAUAACGACUAUAAAAAUAGAAGCAUGCGUGUAGCUAUAUGUAAGUCUAUCGCUGAGGACAUAAAUCAAGGUUGUACAGUGGAAGACGUGAGGAAAAAAAUUAAUGGAUUGAGAUGCCAGUAUGCAGCUGAAAAGGCAAAGAUACUUAAAAGCAUGAAAAGCGGAGCAGAUGCAGACAGUGUUUACAAACCGAUGGCUUAUUGGUUUCCAAUGUUAAAUUUUCUGGAUGCAUCACUAACACCAGAUGAAUCACUAUGUACUGUGGAAAUUUCACAAAAUCCGUCCAUUGAAGAACAAAAUAAUCUUCAAGAAACCCCAUUGCAUGAUGAACUUCAAUUACCUCGAGAACAAUCGCCAUCUCAAGAAAAUGAGAAAAACAACACAAACAUGCAUUACAAAAUAACAGAAUCACAGCGAACACCAUCGACAUCACACAUGAAACAUGUCGCCAAAAAAAAAAGGAAAUUAGACUCUGAUUCUUAUGAUUCACUUUUAUCCCAAGCAUCUCAUACAAUGAAAGAAAUGGCAAAGCUUGCAGUUCAAAAACCGGAGGGCUCGAUAAAUGUUGAUGAAUGUGAGGCAUUUGGCAAUUUUGUAAUAUCUGAACUUCGGGCAAUUAAAGAAGCUAGUAAUGAUUACACAUUCAGGAUGGCAAAACGAAAGAUUCAACAUGCAGUGAUGGAAAUAUGGGACACAAUCGAUGAUCAAUCACUAACAACCAUAAUGGUUCCUAGUGAUUCAACGUCCUCCACAAGUCAGUGGACAGUAGUAUCAGACCAGAGUGAAGUAAUGGUUGGUUCCCCAGAGAAUGCUGACAACUCUUCCUGAAUGUCAUCAGCAGAUGUUCAUACAGCAUUCCAACAAGCAAAUGCUCUCAGUACAAAUUCUGAUGAUAACAAUUAAAAGCUAUUACCUCUAUUGAACAUUGUACAUAAAUAUAUUGUUGUAAUAAAAUAUUUUCUUACCUUAAAAAACUCGUUCUUCAUUGAUUCAUAAAUAGCCUUACAUGUUUCUGGAAUAAUAAUGGAAAGUGUGCAUUGAGGUAUUCGACUACUGUACUGUAAACUAGAAUAUGAUUCACCGGUUGCUAAAAAUCUAAGAGUUACCAUAAGCCGGUCUUGCACACUAAUACUACUUCUCAUGUGGGUAUCUUCCUUCGAAAUUAACUUAGACACUUUGGACACUACAAAAUUAAAAGUAUUUUCAUCCAUUCUUAAAUAAUUUUCAUAGUGCUUGGGAUCUUCAUUUUGAAGUUCUUUCAGUAAAUUAUUAUGAAUGCCAAACAUCUUCCGUCUUCCAAUCCAUGGCCUAACCCACACUCGCUUCUUUUUUUUGUUCUUCAGUUGUUUGAGCAAUAAAGCAAUUGUAAUUAUAGCACUGACACAAGCACCAGCAGCAACAAGUUGUGAAUCCAUUUUCUUACAGUACAUAUAUGAUCAAAUAUAUUACCUAGUGUAAUAGCACAAAAAAGUAUUUGAUAAUAUCUUUCAAUCAUGU